AUGAAUGAGAUUUAUAAUAACAUGAAUACAAAGGUUUCUAUUAUUCUUUCUGUUUUUGUCUUGUUUUUAAUAGUAUCUCCAUCACUUUCCAACAUAAAUAAAGAUGCUAUUAAUCUUGACAAGAGUACAAAUGAUUCUCCUAACAAAGAUAAUAUAGAUACCUUGAGGGAGAAUCAAGAAAAAGAUUUUAAUGUAAGUCUGAUAAAUAGACUACUUCCAAGUAUUUUUGGAAAUAUAUUUAAAGAAAAAGUUGAGUUAAAUAAAGAAAAUAAUUUGAAAGAAGUAUUUGAAUUGGAUAAUUCUGAAUUAUCACUAAUUAGUGAUGAACAAUUGGAUGAGUCAAGAAAUUAUAGAGAUCUAAACUAUCAUGAUUUGACUGGUCCUGCAAAUAGAGAUAUAACAGAUAAUCAACCCUUUGGCCCGACAAUUCAAGAACUUUUAACUAUUGAUUUAAUUGCUUUAGGGAUUCAAGCUAUAAUCAAGCGUAAAUAUCAUAAUCUCCGUUUUUCCCAGGAAUUUUCUUUUGAAUCACUAGUACACUGUUUUGAACCUGUUGCAAAUAAUACGAAUAUACUUGAGAAUCACGUUGAUGUUGAUAAAUUUGUAAACUGUUGUACUAGAGAUAUUCUAGAUCUUGUUGAUUUAAGAUUAGAUGAACAAUUGAGUGGACUGGACAUUAAUACUUUAGAUAUUUGUAUUGAUUUAAGGAAUGUUUUAGAAGAUACUGGAAUAGCUUUUCGUUUUUCUUUUAUAUGGAUAUCUAAAAUUGCAGAGAAAUCUUUGGGUUUAUCUGGUUCAAAUUUAGUAAUGAAUCUUCCAAUGAAAUAUUCAUACUUCAGAUUUUGCAAUAUUCCUAGAUUACCAUUGGAUAUAGUGUUUGAUGUCGAUCAAACAUUACUUACAAUGGUUCCAGUUUCACAGAUACGUUCAAAUGACAGUAUUAUAAUGGUAGAAUUAACUGAGAUACCUAAUAUAUUUGAUCAAAAUAAAGAUUAUAACUUUGCAAUGCGGAGAUCAAGUGACAAUACUAUAAGAUACUCAAUACCACAUGAAGUUCAUUUGAAUCCACAAGCUGUAGGUUUAUUAUUUUCUCUUUAUUACAGAAGAAUAAUAGAUCCUUGUAUAGGUUCACUAACAAUUUUUUCUGCUGGAUAUAAUACUGUCUUAAAGUUUAAAUCAGCAAUUGAUAUUGAAAAUGUAUUAGGCUCAUCAAGAUAUCAUUUACAUGAUAUUUUCCUUGAAUUAUUUCCUGAUGAUAAUGAAAUAAUAUGGGCUACUGAAAGACCAGCUUUGAUGAAUUCACGUGAUUUAAAUCCAUAUAAUGUACAAUUACCUCCAGUAGAUAAACAAUUUCUUAAUUUUAAUCGAUCUAGAGAUUUUGAAUUAAGAUAUAAUUUUAUUGAUAAUAAGAGUGGAUUUCAGGAAUUAGUAUAUAAUGGUUUACCUUUCUUUGUAAAAGAUAUGCAACGUUAUAGAUUACAUAUAACAUUACAAAAGGGGAAGAGUUCACAAGCAUAUCAAAUGUUAAUGAAGGAUUUAAAUCCAACAUUUUUACGGACACUCAGAAAAUAUCAAACAAUGAAAAGAUAUCCUAUUAUGACUCAUCCAUUUAAUUCACCUUUAUUAUAUGAAAAUAAUCGACCAAUGAUAUUGCUUGUAGAUGAUGAAAUAUUACACUUUACAUAUGCUUGCUCAUUAGAAUCAUGGAGUGAUAAUGUAUUAAUAGCUUGGACAGAAAAGUUGAGCCCAAUACCAAUAAACAUAACACUGAAAUUCUUUCUCCCUCUUCCAUAUCAACAUAUUCAACCACUUCCAAUAAAUAUAAGCAAUUUUACUCGUGAAUUAAAUAAUAUUUUGAAUUUAGAUUAUGCAGAAAGUAUGACAUACCAAUUCAGUAAUAGCAAUUCCGAUAAAGUAAGAACAAAAAAGAGGAAAAAUAAGAAAACCACUAAGAAGAAAAAAAAUAAAGAUAAUGUUGAGCAAUUUUUAUCAUCGUCUUCUGUAGAUUUUGUUUGGCCAAGUGAUUCAACUCCAAAUAGUGAUACAUUUUUUUUAAACGAUUUAGGAUUAAAUUCAGUAUCACCAUCAAGGUUGUUGCAAAUGGUUUAUCCUUCAAAUAACCCAGAAUCAAUGACAUGUCCUUAUGAUAUACAAAAUAUUAAACUUUAUUAUAUUGCAAUGAUGAUACCCUGUGAACUGUUUUUCGUAUUAUAUAAAAAUAUAGUGAAAGAAAAUGAUGAUAAUGAUACUCAAACAAAGAAUAUAACAAAACUCAUAAAUAUGGUAGAUAUGUUCUUUAUAACAAAUGAAAGGAAAGCACAGGAAUGUAGUAAAUUUAUAAGCUCUAUUUCAGGAAUUAUGGCAUAUAAAGAUUCAAAAGACAUAUUUUAUAAAAGAGUAAUUUAUUCAUAUAUUCCAUCAAUUGUAGGUAUUAAAUCCUUAGUUGGGUUACCUAUUCAGAGAACAUUAAUAUUAUGGUUACAACUUCCAAAUUCACUUGAUUCCUAUCAUAAAAUAUGGAAAGAAAUGGAUAUACAGGGUAACAAACUAGAACAAGAACUUCAGGAUACAAAUUAUGAACCAUUGUAUCAUAAUAAUACAAUGAAUUUAUGUGGAACUUUGGGUGAUAAAUCUGUAAAUGAUGUGGAAAAUAUAAUUAUAUUUGAACCUUUGAAAUCUUACUCCACCAUUUCAAAAACUAACAACACUUCUACAGAAAAUAUAGGAGAGAUUAUUGAUAUAGUAAAAGUACUUUCUACUAUUGAUAAAUAUAUAUAUGCCGCAACCAAUACUAUUGUUGAAGGUGUGCAUUCAUUACUAGAUAAACCUGCAAAUGUAUUGGUAUCACAAGCAAUCAUUAAUAAACUGAUUUAUUCAAUAUGUUAUGGUAUUGUAGCUGAACUUAAUGAUCAGAUAUAUUUAAAUGUAUGUCAUUUGGGGAAACCCCCAUUCUCACGUCCUAUACUUAGACAAAAUCAGUUUGACUGGAUAUCUUUAGCAUUUGAACAAAAUUUAGCUAACAUGAAUACAUCUUUGGUAUUCCCUGUUGUUAAAACUUUAGAAUCUAUGAGUAUGGUUGACUUAAUAUCUUCUUAUAAUAAUCAAUUCUUUAAAAAUCGUUUGGUAUUUCAACCAGGAUUUGUGGGUUUAUCAUAUACAACUAUUGAUUUUUCUACAUAUGAUAACAAUGACAAUGAUAUAAAUGAAUAUAUGUAUUCCGAAACAAAUAAAUAUUUUGACAUGGAUUUAGAUCUAAAAAGAUAUUUGAUAGAUUCAUUAUCUUCAAUGGAUUAUGAACCAUUUUUUGUUGAACAGUGUACAGUGUUUCUGUCAGCUAUAAGUCAGGUUAUAAAGAAUAAACAAACAAAGGAGUCAAACAUAUUCCGAAAAGUAAAUCAAAGAUAUAUUUUAGAAAAGGAAUUUUUAAAUAGGGAAUUCUGUGAGAAUAUUAGACAAUUUAUUGAAGAGAAAGUUCCUGAAUUCUUCCAGACUUAA